AUGGCCCAACAACCGGGCUUCGCAAACGCGAACACCCCCACCUCUCUCCCCUCAAUCCUCUGCCUUCACGGUGCUGGAACCAACUCCGCAAUCUUCAACGUCCAAACGAUCCGCCUACAGCGCGCUCUUUCAUCCAAAUUCAACUUCAUCUUCCUAGACGCACCAUUUCCAGGUCCACCCGGCCCAGGCGUCCUCCCUGUGUUCGACAGCUGUGAGCCUUUCCUCCGCUGGACAAGAUCACCAGGUGACAGCAAUCUUCCCGAGGAAACGAAGACUCUGAUUUCUACUUUGUGUAAAGAGACGGAAUUCGUUGGUGUUUUAGGAUUCUCACAGGGGGCGAAACUGGCGGCGGGAUUGCUGCUUGAGCAGCAGGUUAGAGGUAGGAAAGGGUUCCGCUUCGGGGUCCUCUUGAUGGCUGUGUCUCCACCGUUGGUGUCGGGUUUGAGUGAUGAGCAAAGGGCAACGAAGAUCGCAGUUCCUAGUGUUGUGGUUCUGGGGAAGGAGGAUCCGUGGCGGGAUGAGGGGAGAAGGUUGUAUGAUGAGUUUUGGGAGAAGGGUAAGGCGAACUUGCUGGAGUUGGAGGUUGGACAUCGUCUCCCGGAUUUGGAGGCUGAAAAUAAGAUGGUUGUUGAUGAGAUUUUGAGGCUCUAUAGGGAAACGGGAGAGGGAACGUAA